UGGUUAGGAAAUUUAAUUUUUUAUUUGUUUCUUUAGGCCUAAAUAUAAUAAUACGCAGAUGUUUGAUUUUCUCUAUUAUGUUGGCUGUUUUGAAUGGGGUUUGCAAACUUUUAUUUACUUCUAUGGCACUUACAGGCUGUUAUUUAACCCAACAAUUAAAAGCUCAACAGCAAAACAAUUAUAUAUUUAUCCAAGAACAGAUAAAAGGAAGGAUUUAGACAAUUGCAAACAAAUUCUACCAUAUUGGGAAUGGAUAAUUAGUUUUGGUGAUGGUACACUGCGUAAAUAUUCUCGGAAAGAGCGAAAAGAGAUACGGAAAUGGAAAAUUCUAGCUAAUAUUUUCUUUGCUUCACGCAUAUGUGGCGAUUUGACUGUUUUUCUCUUUCUUCUUGUGGCAUUCCACUUACCAUUUAUCCUUAAUUAUAUUUAUUAUACCAUUAUCUCCUUAUGGGUGUUGGAAUAUAUUUCAGUGUCAAUAGUUACUAAUGAGCUUUUAGAUGGCAACGGUGGAAUGAUUCAAAAAUAUAUAUUUGCUCUCAUAGAUAAAGAGAAUUAUGAGGAGUUGAGUUUUGGAUAUUUAUUCUAUUGGUUUAAUAGCACUGUUUCAAUAAUAGUCAACUUUACCGUUAUUUUAUAUGCAAUAAACUAUGUUCCAACAAUCAUUCUUUUGUCAAUUUAUUCAGGAUUGCUAAUUGCGAGCUUCGUGCUUAGCUCUAGGGAGAUUCAACCAUGUCUCUGUAUGGCUGAAUCUUGCCCAAAUAUAUUUCCACAUAUUUUGACGACCGUUCAUCUUAUGGUUUUACUUGUCUCUCUUUUUACAAAGAUUUGUUACUUAUUUAUAUAUUAUUUAGUGCCUUCAAUCUAUUAUGUAUUAAUAUACUUAUCAAAUUAA